AUGGUUAAGAACGAUUACGAGAAAGUAAACUCUGACGAAGAAGGCAAAAAUAAUGUCAACCCAGUUCUGAAUGCCAACAUCUUCUCCCGAAUUACAAUAUGGUGGAUGAACAAAAUCUUUGUUACGGGAAACAAACGGCCACUGGAGGAAGACGACUUAUUUCCACUCUUAGAAGAAGAUAAAUCUGAAGUAUUAACAGAAAAUUUACAAGAGGAGUGGAACAAGGAACUGAAGAAGAGGCAUCAAGGCAAACGGCCGAGAUUUUGGAAGGCUUUGAUGCGAGUUUGCCCAUGGUAUGAAUAUUUCUCAAUUGUCGCUCUGGUUCUGACAGACAUGGCAAACAGAAUGACACUGCCAGUUUUGCUUGGUUUCCUGAUCUCUUACUUGAUGGGAAUACGUCAGUUGGAUGUUAGUUUCAAAUAUAUCCUACCCACUUUUAUAUGUAUCACAUCCUUGGGAAGAAACCUCGCUCAACAUCAUUAUCAAAACAGGUCUGCUCUUUUAGGGAUGCGAUUUAGAGCGGCAGCCACUGGUUUACUUUAUAAAAAGGUGAGUAUAAGAUUUACUACAUUCGAAGGUUAAAAAUGUAAAGGUUACAUUCACAUUCCAACCAAUCUAAGUCGCAACUUUUUGAUAAUAGCAGACUCCGAAUUUCAACAUUCUUUACAUUUCAAAAAAGUGCCGAUUUUAGAAUAAAACGGCCAUCGAAAAACUUGAGAUUAAUGUAACGAAUACUAGGACCUUUAAAGAAACAUCUAGUAAGUUUUUAAGCCAGAGUUGUUCUAGAAUUGUUUCUAAACACUAUAUUUGCAUAUUAAUGCAAGCCUCAUGAAAGUAUAUUUGAACACGCCAUCCAUAGAAAAUCUAUAGAUUUUAAAGACUAGAGAACUCUUUGAAAUAUCAGCUAAAAAGGUCAUUUUUCGAAACUAAAACACUGUUAACUAUUGAGAAACACGAGUCAACUAAUUUUUUGCGCGUAGACGUUUCUCAACCGUAAAUUUCUCUCCUUUAUCUUUGAUCAGGGACGCGUAAAAAUAAAAAACGCCAACGCUUCCUUUGUUGUGAAUUGUUGCGCCCGAAAUAACAUAGCUUUCCCAAUUUUAACGGCUUCCAUUUGCAAACGAUGUACUGAACAGUAGAUUAUUAAAUAAAUAAAUAAGGUAUCAUAGUCCCAUGGUAGUGCCUCACGCUAUCUAAACGAUAUUUCCUAAAAGAUUGGUUUAUCAACAGAGACUCACUUCUGAUCAUGUUGGCGUGAAACACCUCUUGGCGGUAAACUUAAUAUUUUUUUGUUUGGAAGCCCAUUAUAUUUGCAUAAUUUGUCACAAGGCAGAAUGCAAAAAAAAACUUUGUCAAAUCAAGCAUCACGAGAAAGUAUCAGUUAUGUCAACGCACCAAAUUCAGUAAUUUUCAUAGUGUUUCAAAUGGGAAAACGUAUUAAAACACCAAAGGCAACCGAUUGAAUACGUCCCAUCUCGUUUUGUAUUUGCUGUUUGACUUGAAAGGCUCACACACCCUUCAUCAAAGAUUUUAUGUGCAAUUGGACAAGAAUACUUUUAGGGGACGCAAAAUUAGUUCCUAAAUGCUUAUUAUUGAUAAGAGAUGUGUUGUGAAAAGAAAAAAAAAACACCUUUCAAUUUUUUCGAAGGAAUGUGAAAGAUCAUCUAGGCUAAAUAUUAAGCGAAUACCUUGUUGUUUUUUACCGGUUAUUGGGAAAUAAGGAUUUAGAGAGGGCCGGCCAUUUUGUCUUGUAACAAUCAAGCGGUUUUUUUUAGGUUAUUGCAUACAAUCACAUUAUUUGUAUAUUAUUGAUAAAACUUAUAUCAUGUGGUAUUAAUUUUGUUAUGGUUCGGUAAACAAUUUGCUUUCCAAUUUUUAAAGAAUUCACUCGACAGCCAAACCCAUUCAAAUUUUGAAAUACAUUACUUUUCUCGACCAUGAACCAGAAUCUAUUUAAAGUACGCUCGGCAUUGAUGUACCUGAUGCCAGGAGCCUUCUGCAGUGAAACAAAACUUUAAAAAAUUAAACAUAAAUAAUGACAACAUGGAUUAUAUCUUCGGUUUGGUAGCUCCGAAAAGCCUGCUAAAGAAUGCCAAAAUACUGAGGUAGUUGGUGGUUGACGAUCCGAAAAGCACCGAAAAGUAGAAUACCUUGUACAUCUCUUCAGUUCACAGCCAACAGCUUGGCGAAAGUUGUUUAGUUUUACAGAAAUCCUUCCCCUAUUGGAACUAUGGAGGUAAAUUCACCUGAUAAUGCCAUCAUUUGAUCCUUGUAGAGAUGUUUUGCACCAAAAAUUAGAGCAGCAUGAAAAAAUUUAAUUCAUUUUUCCCAAAAAGAAGUAUUUAGAAAUCGGUAACGGACCUAACUGUUUAAUUAUCACGAAUGAUAUCCUAACACUCCAAACAUGGGUACAUAUCUAAGACUUUUUCCUGGCCGAGCGUAAGGGCUGCAUCGGGGAAUAAUUGGCCUGAAGUUGUGACGGUACGGACCGAACACACUGAAGUCCGUACGCCUUGAGCAGGCGAGGUUGGUAAGUAGUAUAUUAUAUGGCACUCUAACAAAACUUGGUCAUUUUUAAUUUUCUGGCUCUCGCGGAUUUACCUCAGGACCACCUUGCCAUAUAAUAACGUAAUAAUAAUUGAAGGUAAAAGAUUAAUUUCUUAAUGUUGUUGUUGCUUUAGGUACUGCGCAUGAGCCAAUCAAAGCUUGCAAAGAUAACAUCCGGUCAUGUGAUCAACUUGGUAUCCAAUGAUAUCCAGCGACUAGAUCUAGCCACUCAAAACCUCUUCGCGUCACUGCGAUCCCCGUUCGAUCUCGUGGUUCUAGGAAUUCUUCUUUGGACUCUGAUUGGCUGGCAGGCAGUUACAGGUUUAGCCUUUGCUCUCAUUCUCAUUCCCUACGAAGCCGAGAUGACAGGUUGGGUUGCUAAGUUACGAAUGCAAGCGGCAAGAGUUACAGACAAGAGACUCGCAGUAAUGAAUGAAAUUGUCUCUGGAAUACGCGCGGUGAAAAUGUACGCUUGGGAGUGGCCAUAUCGAGAUGCAGUGCGUGCGAUCAGAAGGUGUGCAGAACUUUUCUUUCGUUUUCUAGGGAGCUAAGUAGAAUUUGGCAGAACCAGUAUGUGAAACUACCGGAAAUUUGUUAUCGAAAGAAAGAUUUUGGCCAGAUUGGAAACUACUGAUAUAUUCUCGCCCCGCAGGUAUCUUAAGAGCUGCCUUUCUUAUUUUUUACUUUAGGUCUGAGCUUUCCUUCCUGCGCAAAAUCUACAACAUUCUUUCAACCUUCGCUUCACUACAGCACACCUACGAUAGUGUAAUCUGUCUUAUUGCCUUUAUAACACUCAUAUUCACUGGAAUUCGCCUAACACCCUUCAACGUAUUCACCAUGGUCGGACUCUUGUCUGAAAACAGGCGAUCUCUUGUCUAUGGUCUCACAGACGGGAUGCAGCUCAUCGCUGACUGCUUUGCAUCUCUUGAAAGAAUCGAGUCAUUCCUUUUGAUAGAGGAAUUGAAUGGAAAUGGGAAUGGAAAGGAAGAAAAUCAUCCAGAGGAAACAACGGGAAAUGAAAAUGGCGACGAAGAAAAGGCCACAGACAAGGAAAGUUCCUCAGGAAAACCUUUUUUAAAGGUAGAUCAAAGAAAUUUUUAGGGUUAUAGUUGUCUUUACUAAUAAUAUUUGAUGUAAGAGGUUAGCGAGCAAGCGAUUAAGACAGUUAAAAGUUAUGGGAAAUGUCGAGUGUGCUUUGAUUGUCAAUGAGGGGUCUUGCAGAGAAUUUGACCUGGGAUUAAGCCUUUUAAUUCAGAGUCGCAAAGGACCAAAUUUAGGCAAAGAAAAGGAGGUAAGUGCGGCAGAUAUUCGUAUGAAAGUUAAUUUCGAUCUGUUGAUCUUGGUAAAAGCAUGAUAAUGGCGGAACGCGUUAAGAUAACUUUCGUCGAUGAAAACGACUUUACAAAGAGGGAAAGCGUGCGGAAGCGUGGGAUAAAAAGCUCUCGGUUAAAGCAGUCCCUCUUACAAAUUUCCUUCAUAAAAAUUUUCAGGCUUCCAACAUAACUUGUCACUGGAAUGGCCAGAACGAAGCCUCAGUUCUCAACGACGUUAGUCUCGAGGUAACCGAAGAGAGAUUACUUCUAGUGACGGGUCCUGUUGGUUGUGGCAAAUCAUCUCUUCUCUUAGCAUUUCUUGACGAGCUACCACCAAGCACUGGUAAAAUAACUCACAAUGGGAGAAUAGUCUACGUUCCUCAAACCGCUUGGGUUUACAGUGGCACACUUCGUGAUAAUAUUCUCUUCAAUCAGCCAUUUGACCAGGAGAAAUAUGACAAAACUAUCGAAGCAUGCGAUUUGAAGAAGGACAUUGCCAUGUUACCCGAAGGUGACAAAACUCUCCUAGGGGAACGCGGCGCCAGUUUAAGUGGAGGUCAGCGCGCUCGUGUUAAUCUGGCGCGUGCAGUGUACAGUGAUGGUGACAUCUAUUUGAUGGACGAUCCCCUUAGUGCUGUUGACGCGAAAGUUGGAAAACACAUCUUUGAGAACUGCAUUAACGGAUUGCUCAGUAACAAGGUGCGCGUACUUGUUACACAUCAACUGCAGUAUAUGAAGAGCGCAGACUACAUUGUUAUCCUAGACAAGGGCAGUGUUGUGAAGCAAGGCAAAUAUGAGCAGAUGAAAGAAGCAGGAUUGGAUAUUGAGUCACUCGAGAAAGAGUUUGAACUCGGACAUGAAAAGUAUCAUGAAGUGGAGGGAGGAAAAGUGACCGUUACAUCGGAUCAGGUGUGAACAAAAUUCCGUCUGUUCAUAACACCUUGUGUAGAUAAAGCAAUUUCUGAUGAUCAAGCAAUAUAUUACAUUUACCGUUCAUAGCUAAUUCUAGUUUUAGACGAUUGUCUCUUAGUCUCUUCAGAGAAUUGGUCAACUGUAUUUUCACAGAAAGAAGGGUAUUACGUUGUUCAGAAAAGAGAAAGGAACGAUAGGUCAUCAGACUCAGUCUAAGAGAAGACGACGAGGAAAUAGCGCACUCGCAUAUGAUUUGUACAGUUUACAAGCGCAAUGUAACACUAAGGAAUAACCUUAGACGACGUAUCAAGGGACUUUCAUGUAUGGUACAUUCUCGGUUUGCAUUCUGUUUUUGUUAGCAAUGCAUCUAUCUAAAGAAAGAGACGGGAAGACGAAAACAGCUUCGAAACUAACAUCAAAGAUAUUUGGACAAACACAAAGCUAACGAAAAAUGCAUGACUGUAUUGUUCCGUUUUCAUUUAUUUUCAGGAGAACAGCAAACGUGCUGAGCGUCGAGAAAGCGACUGUUCCUCAGGUUUAGCUGGAAAAGGUAUGACUGCUUCUCAAGAAGAUCGCAUCGUAGGUACCAUAUCUGCAAAACUUUAUUGGAACUACUUCAGAGCAGGCCUUCACGGGAUACUUUUAUUGGCUCUGCUGUUACUUUUCCUUAUUGCCCAAGGUGAGUGAAUCUCUUUAAAAGAAAGAUUACGAGAAUUUAAGUCUUAAUCGGUAGGAACUGUCCGUAGUGAUAUUAGUAGUUUGGCAGUAUAUAUGGACGUGUAACGCGGUCGUAUUGGGUUAUAACGGAACGGUACAUAAGGAGAAAAAACCGUGCGUGUGGGCCAUUCGUUCGUCGGUUUUUUCUCUUCUUCGAGGAAGAGAGUUGUUUAUCUUGAUCUUCCUUCAAUAUUGUUUGUUGAUAUUCCUCUUUUUCAUUUUCUUAUAGCAUCAAUCAUUUCACCUAAUCUGUGGCUAGUACAUUUAACAAGAAUGAAAUGGGUUGAACAGAAACACAAGUUGAACCUGAUAAUCUAUGGCAGCUUGGUAGGCGGAGCACUCUUUCUAGCUGUUCUUCGAGGCCUUUUGUACUACUAUACCACGCUCAGAUGCUCCGAGAACCUGCACGAUCGAAUGGUCUUAUCCAUGCUUCAGUCUCCUGUGUACUUUUUCGACACGAAUCCCUCUGGAAGGAUAUUAAACAGGUUUUCAAAGGAUAUUGGAAUUGUGGACGAGUUCCUCCCGCCGACUUCACUGCUCGCUGUGCAAUACAUACUACAGACGCUAGCGUCUGUUUGUGUCACGUGCGCUACAAACUACUGGGCGGUCAUUGGUGUCAUUCCUAUGAUCAUUGGUUUCUUUGGAAUUAACAGGUAACUUACGAGCUAGUUAAAAACGCUCGGCAAUUGUAUAUGUUAACAAAUAGAGAGAUUUAGCAUCGAUUUUCAUGAAACGUGGACGCCAAGAGUGAUCACGUGACCACGAUUUCUCGCCAUUUUUUCAAGUUUACCGGUUGCGCUUUGCUGUUUCUACGUGAAAGUAAAAAAGAUUGCUGGGAAAAGAUUGCACCAACACUAUUUCCUGUAAGUUAUACCCGGAAAGAUGAAGUUUCAUGCUUAAAAUCCUUCAAAUGCCGCACUUUUCGUCAGCAGACAGCCGCAAAAAUUCACGUUGACUCCUCAUCGAAACUCGAAGUAAAGUGAGCUCACGCGUAGCUAAAGCAGUAAAGUUCGUGCUAUUUUCCGUGAAAGGGCAAGAUGACGUUUGUCGUUUCUCGUAAACGCGGUGUUAAAUCUCUUAAAUGUUAUGGGCAUACACUGCGUAUUGUGCAUGCGUUCUUUUGGCCCGUAAGGUAAGUAUACCCCUUGAAAAGUGAAAGUUUUAUUCUCAAACUUAUAACUAGAUUAGAAAGGUCCGUUUUUUUUAGGCAGUGGCAUCACUUAGCAUAAAUGUAAGUUUUAGGAAAAAUGAUUGUAAAUUUAACAAUAAAACAUGGCCUACAGUGAACCCUGUUGUUUUCAAGCUAGGAGCUCUGUUUCUACUUGCUUUUAGGUGACCUGUAUGAUUUUUAAAUAGCACCAGGAUUGGAAACAUUAAAUUCCCGGUUUAUGCUCCUAGAAAGCUUUCAAAAAACUAAUACAAUUGUGGUUAGCGAUCUACCAUUUGGUUGGGAGAAGUAGUCUAAUCCUUUGAGGAUGAAUAACUUUGGACGAAAGCACAUUCUUUUCUGUUUCCGUGCAGGUAUUAUCUGAAGACUUCUCGUGAAAUAAAGCGAAUGGAAGCCAUUAGUCAAAGUCCAGUGCUGGCUCACUUGGCAGACACUCUAGAGGGAAUCAUUAUAAUAAGGACAUAUCAUAUGGAAGACAAGUUCAUGCAAGAUUUUAAUGAGUGAGUGAAAAUUAAGCCAGCAAACUAGUUUGUUUCCCAGCAAUCCAUAAAUUAAAGCUGCGUCAGUCAACUUUACCUAUAACCACAGAUUACUGAUUGUAACAUCGUAACGAAGGGGACUGGCUACGAACGCCUUUUAGAAAAUUUACCUACGAUCAACAACGUUCCAUGAUUGGGUGGAGGCUGGAAAAUACCUUAAUCAGUCUAAAUAUGUUACUCAUCAGACUUAACGAAUACUCAUUGUUAUUCUACAGGGUGCAAGACAGAAGAAGCCAGAUUUGGUUCCUUGUGCCUCACAGCGCUCGGUGGAUGGGAAUUCGCUUAGACUUCGUGUGCACCUUGUUCGUGGCGAUAUCCACAUUCACUGGAGUAUUCUCAACAACUGAUGCAGGUAAAGUGAAACUUCUAGCUAGCUAUUCAUUCAGUUUAUUUAACAAACUUGGGACAAAGCUUCGCGAAGACAAAAUAGCUAACCGAGCUUCAACUUAUUAAAUUAGUUUCCAGAUAACAUUAAAAUUAAAAGAGGGAGGAGAACAUUUCAAAAUUUGUCACGACGAGGACAGAAAUAACUUGCAAAUAAAAAUUUCAACAUUUAGUCCUUAGAGAUACCCAGCUUUAGUAAAUAUAAUUUGUUCACUCGAAGCAUCAGAUGCUAGACAGAUGUUUCUUUUUUCAAUGUUAUACGAAUUAACAAUCCGCCAUUUUUGUCCUGUUAGGAACGCUCGGGUUAUCUCUAGUUUACGCCAUCAGUACUGUUGGUCAGCUGCAAUUUGCCAUGCGCCAGACAGCCGAUGUUGAAAACAUGAUGACAGCAGUGGAGCGUGUCAUAACCUACACAGAGCUUCCCAAGGAGCCGACGUAUGACAUCAAUAACAAGCCCCCUCCAGACUGGCCCCAGGAAGGUGCCCUUCGUUUUGAGGACCUUUCUCUGACGUACUACGAGGGAGGACCACAAGUCCUAAAGAAGAUUUCAAUAAACAUCAAUGCAAGAGAGAAAGUUGGCGUAGCUGGACGAACCGGAGCUGGUAAAUCGUCUUUGGUAUCCGCCUUAUUUCGAAUGCCAGAACCAUCUGGGAAUAUUUACAUUGAUGAUUUAGCACUGAGCUCAUUUAAUGUUCAGAGCACACGACCAGUGAUUUCUGUCAUCACUCAAAACCCCACUCUGUUUAGUGGGCCGUUGCGCAUAAAUUUGGAUCCAUUCUCCCGUUUCUCGGACGUGGAGGUAUGGAGCGUGUUAGAACAAGUUCAAAUGAAAUCGAAAAUCAUGGAGCUUCCGGGAGAACUUUAUUUCGAACUCUCCGAGUCAGGAAACAAUUUUGGUGUCGGGGAGCGCCAGCUACUUUGCUUGGCAAGAUCUUUGUUGAAUAAAAACAAGAUCAUCGUAAUGGAUGAAGCGACAGCCAAUGUGGAUUUUAGCACAGAUAGAAGAAUUCAAGAGACAAUAAGAAGCAAAUUUCAAGAUUGUACCGUAAUCACCAUAGCGCAUCGUUUGAAUACGAUCAUAGACUAUGACAAAGUGCUAGUAAUGGACAAAGGAACAGUUGUAGAAUAUGACAAACCAAGUGUUCUUCUACAAAACAAGGAUGGGGUUUUAACAGAAUUAUUUCGAAAUCAGCAAGUAGCCCUAUCUUAGUAAAAACCUUAUAUUAGUCAACCAAUUAAUGGACAAAAAAGGUAGUGUUUCGAGAGAACAUUUUUUUUUGGAAUAGAAACGAAAUUUAACCUUCCUUUUCGAAGGAAAUUUUCAGGAAUCGCACGGGAAAAGUGGGAGGAGAAUUGGUAGAUUUUUGUUGUCUAAAAACAGAUCAAUCUAAUAGCUUCGAUGGCCUCUCGAAAAUUCUUCCUUAAAAUAUUCAUAAAUUAUAUUUUUGGAAAAGUGUUCUUUAUACGAAAUUGGCUAAUGCUAUGAUAUUUUUUCUUCUGAGAGGAGAUCUUUUAAUUCGAUUGAAGUUUGGUCUUAUUAAACCAAAGUGCCUACGAACAACAGGAAUAUUUCACUUGAGAGUGACACAGUUUAGGAUAUUUCUGGUAAAUAUGGAUUGAAAAUAAUGAAAUGAACAAUGAGCUAUUUUCAAAAGAAAACUCGUAAUGAAAUUGGUGAAGCGGAUAAUACUUUCUUGACAAUUAAAUUACCAAUAACUGAGCCUAUCGUUACAUACUUCAAUCGGGACUAUUAAUUUCUCAUGUGGAUGAUCGAAUGUAUCACGCCGUCGUUCAAACGUGUAUUAAUGAAAUAUUUAAGGGUUUUAAAAUAUGAAUUUAGGUUAAGUUAAAUAGAGGACCCUAAGUUCAGU